CUUUUUUCUGUUAUAUUUCUUCUGCACUAGAUUUGCAUAGAGAUUGUCAAGCUAUGGAGGGAGUUAGCAUGAGUGCGGUGGCCACCGUGGGAGUGAUUGUUCUGUGCAUUAUGAGAAUAUAUUUCAUGAAAGGGCCGCUAAAUUGGCCACUAGCGGGUAUGGUACCAUGGAUAUUGUGGCAUAUAGGUAAUAUUUAUGAGGAAGGGUGCAAAUUAGUACUUGAGAAGGGUGGGACUUUCAUAGUUAGAGGCCCCUGGUUCUUGAGAAGCAAUCUGUUCGAAGUAGUCACACAUACACCCGAUAAUGUACAGUAUAUUCUGAAGGAGAAUUUUAGCAAUUUCCCUAAAGGACCCUAUUUCAAAGAAGUGUUUUUUCACACAUUUGGCCAUGGUAUAUUUACCUCAGAUGAUGAACUGUGGAAGCGCCAAAGAAAGCCCACGGUAAUGGCAGUAAGUAGCAGUAUAUUCAAGGAUAGGAAUUUAAAAAUGUUGCAGAAAUCUCUGCAAGAGAAGCUUUUGCCACUUAUUGAAGAAUUAAAAGAGAAAAAAGCCUCGGUUGACCUGCAACAGCUACUCGUUGAGUUCACAAUGGAUAAUUUCUUUAUGGCUAUUUUUGGGAGGGAAGCAGAAAAUGGAACUUUUACUUCGGCCUUUGAUGAAGCUACUGAAUGCUGCAUUUACCGUUUUGUCUGCCCUUCAUUUGCAUGGAAGUUUAUGAGAUUUUUUAACAUUGGUUUUGAGAAAAGUUUGAAAGAAGCUGAAGCCAUAGUAAAAGGCUCUGUAACAGAGAUGGUGAAGGCUAGAGUUAAGGAGCUGGAGAAUGAUAAGGAAUUACAGGGAGACAUAUUAUCCAACUUCAUCAAAUUGGAAAGAGAUCAAGGACGCACUCCUUCUCAAGAAGUGUUGGAGGGAUUAGCAAUGAGCAUGUUUCUUGCGGGGAAAGACACUACUGGCCUAGCAAUGUCAUGGUUCUUUUGGUUUAUAUGCAUGCAUCCACAUGUGGAGGAGAAAAUCGUCUCUGAACUUUCCCAGAUUUUGAAGUCAAAACAUUUGAGCGAUGGAUACGAUACCUCGAAGGUUUUUGGUUGGGAAGAAUUGAGAAGCAUGAACUAUUUGCAGGCUGCUUUGUCUGAAACUAUGAGGCUUCGCCCCCCUGUUCCUGCAGUUUUCAGAGAAGCAAUAAUUGAUACUGUGCUACCGGAUGGAACUCAUAUUAAGAAAGGCACAAAGUGUCUGGUAUUCAUUUAUGCCACUAAUAGAAUGGAAAGUACAUGGGGGAAGGAUGCCCUUGAAUUCAAGCCCGAGAGAUGGAUUGGUAAAGGGGGAGUAUAUAUGAACCAGAGUGAAUACAAGUAUCCAGUGUUUGUUGCAGGUCCUAGGAUAUGCGUUGGGAAGGACUUGGCCUAUGCGAAUAUGAAGUGCAUAGUUGCCAAUAUCCUUGCACGUUAUCGAGUAAAACUUGAAGCUGGUCAUCAAGUGAAGCCCAAGCUUGGGAUAACUCUAUUCAUGAAGCAUGGCCUCAAAGUCACCCUGCAUGCCAGAAAUGAUAUACUUCCCUAAAAUUGUACUAGUAGAUAUGUUUCAAUAAUCUAGUCUUUGAUUAGGCUCUAUUUAUAUUCACAAUUGGACGAUUUAAUAUAUGUAUAAUAAGAAUUUGUAAAAUGAAACAUACCUUUCAUAUU